AUGCUGUGGCAUUGGACAAGAGUUUGGCAGGUGCUGGUACUAGUGGGUCUGAGCUGUUUCGCACACGAUGCAGAAGCGAAGCGACUGCAUCUGGACGACGAUCAUAAAGCACCCAAGAUCGAUGGUCGUAUAGUGGGCGGCGUGGAGGCAGCCGAUAACGCGGCACCUUUUCAAGUCUCGAUUCAAAUGAUUUGGGGAACGCAUGGCUGUGGUGGCGUCAUACUCAACGAGCGCUGGAUACUCACAGCAGGCCAUUGUGUGAAUGACGAUAGUCUGGAUCAACUGCGUGUUGUCGUCGGCACCAACAACUACACAGCGCCCGGUCAGAUACUAUAUCCGGAAUUCUCGUUGGUUCAUUGUCGGUAUGAUCUGCCAUACAUGUACCAUAACGACAUAGCCCUGGUGCGACUGAACGAUUCAAUUGUGUUUAACGAACGCGUGCAAGUAGUUCCGUUAAGUGACAAGAACCCGCCAGUGGGCGCCACUGUAACGCUAACGGGCUGGGGCACACAGUACUUGAAUGGGGCACCAAUGCAAAUGCUACAAACCAUCAACUUGACGGUUAUCGAUCACGAUGACUGUGUCGAGGAAUGGUCGGAGAACCCAGGAGUUGAUAUCGGACAUAUUUGUACAUUUACGCGUGAAGGAGAAGGCGCUUGUUCCGGCGAUUCGGGCGGUCCAAUCAUGUGGGAGGGAAAGCUGGUGGGACUUGUCAAUUGGGGAGCGCCCUGUGCAGUGGGUAGACCCGAUAUGCAUGCCAAUACGGUUUACUAUCAGGACUGGAUCAGGCGAACAAUGUCUGAGUGCAAAGUUAAAUCAAGUUGAUCAAAUAAAGGAAUCUAAAAGAUGAAGAGAAUUAUUCUCUAAUGGAAA